AGGGGUGAAAAAGAAAAUGGAAAAGACGAAAAAUGAGCUACAUACGCGCCGCCACGGUUUUGCCGCGAAAAUUGGGAAUAACAUAACAGUCGUUAGUAGAAGCUGCCUAACCCUAGACAUAUUACUUCUUCGCUGCCGCCGCUUAUUCUGCCGGAAAUUUACUAUCGUUUAUCCACGUUGCAUCUUCACUUCCGGGAGUAUCAGCAACGGAGAUAACUGAAGUUUCGAUUUGAGGUAAUGGCCGAAGAGCAGGAGAAAACCGAAGCAGAACUAAAGAAAAAUCCUAAAAAACGCAGGAAGCAUGCUUUUCCCUAUGGCAAUUAUCAAAAUUACUAUGGCUACCGGGUAGGUCAAAAUUUGGUUGAAGAUCCUCGUUUAAAGGUUUUCAAGAAAGAAUGGUUUGAAGGCAAGGAUUGCCUGGAUAUUGGAUGCAAUAAUGGGAUAGUUACCAUACAGAUAGCUAGAAGGUUUAAUUGCCGGAGUAUUCUUGGUGUUGAUAUUGAUUCUGAUCGAGUUGAAGAUGCUUAUUGGAAUCUUAGAAGGGCAACAAGACUGGGUGAUGGGAACCCUAAUAAUGGUAAGCGUGGUGCUUCCAGAGCUUCAAGGAUAGAUUUAGAAGCUUGUACAAGUAUUUCUUCUUCCAAAGAACAUGAUCUCCAUACCGUUGUCUCCUUCAAACGGCAGAAUUUUAUAUUCAGUCACCAUCCACCUGAGAAGCGUUAUGAUACCAUUCUUUGUUUGAGUGUGGCAAAGUGGAUUCAUCUAAACUGGGGAGAUGAUGGCUUAAUUACAUUGUUUUCCAAGAUUUGGAAACUGCUUAACCUGGUGCUUAAUCGUCAUACAUGCGGUGGCAUUCUUGUUUUGGAGCCUCAACCUUGGAAGUCUUAUGAAACCAACUAUAGUGUUUCCGAGACAACUAAAAUGAACUUCAAGACAAUAAAGAUCCGUCCAGAAGAGUUCCAAGAGAUACUCCUAGACAAGAUUGGAUUCAGAACAGUUGAAGCCUUAACCCUCGGCUUGUCAGACAGCAAUUCAGGAGGAUUCAAUAGACCAAUUUUAGUUUUCCAGAAGUAAGUUGGUAGUAAUCUGGACAUCUGAACCAAAUACAGAAGCCAUCAGCUGCUCUUUUUUGUUUUUGUCGAGUUCAACAUGUGGGGUUGGAAAGAUUCAAGCUUUCGACCUCUGAAUCAAGGGUAUUUGCCGUGCCAGAUUGGAUCUGUAGAUUUAGUUGUGAUAUAAUAGUAGUGGAUCUCUUUAACUUAUGCAUAGGCGUCUUUUGAAGGCUUGUUGUAAGCUUCUGGUUUUUGAUGUUUACGUAAUUAUCCUUAUUAACGAUUUGAUCCAUUAUGUAUAUUAUUAUUCAUAUACUCUUCUUUUAUCAUUUUCA